ACUGGCAUGGUGGUGGUGGUGGCUUUGUGUGCGUAGCUCUGCGCCGCAUCAAGCGUGAUCAGAGGCGCUUUGGCGCCAAGCAACAUCAGCAUGUACAGAAGGCAGCGUGGAUUGCCCAUCAGCACGGUGGUGAUGGCAGCAGGGCUGGGCAUCUUGUCCGGGACCUACAUUUUCAAACCCGCGGUGGAUCAAUACUACGUGGAGCAGAAGCAAGGCGAGAAGCCGAUACAGAGUGCGCCUGACGCAGUAGAAGCAGCACCCAAGACGCAGCAAGCAGACCAGAAGAGUUGAAGAUGAGCAGAAAGCAAUAGCUUGAGGUCAUACUUUGUACUCCAACCAGUGGGCGGGCACCUACAAAAUUCGAGGGCUAUCAUAGCGUAAGGAGGGGCAUUUUGAUUUUCCGACCAUGUGGGGCGGCAGGGGCAAGGAAGCAGAGAACGGGGAGAGUAUGCCAAAGUUGGGGAAAACAGAUGAACCUUUGCAAGCAGCAGACGGGGAUCGAUCAGAAGGAGCCGCUAUGGAUUCCAGCGAAGAUGAGGGAGAAACAGGCGCGUCUGAGGCCGCAUAUUACGAUCCCGAGGCUGACGACCAUGAUGAAAACUGGGCGACCGCCCAGCGGACGGGCCGCGUUUCGGACGCGGUGCUGAGCUGUCCGGCGUGCUUUGCCACGCUGUGCAUCGACUGCCAGCAGCACGAGCUGUACUCGAACCAGUUCCGGGCCAUGUUCGUGACCAACUGUAAGGUGAAAGAAGGGGAGGUCCUGCGGGCGCCGCCGCAAGCGGGGAAGCGCAGGCGGGGGCGCAGGCGGGGGCAAGAGGAUGGAAGCGUUCCAAGCCCUGGUGCACAAGCCACGGAGGUUUUCUCCCCAGUAGAGUGUGCUGACUGUGGAACGGAGGUAGCCGUUUUGGACAGUGAUGAAGUUUACCAUUUCUUCAAUGUUUUGCCAACGAUGGCUUGAAUAUAACCAGGGCGGGCACAUCAUCAGCUUGACUUGGUGGCAGUAGCUUCACACUGUAGAGACCAUUCAAUCAUGCGCGAGUAGUGACUAGGAAGCUGGGAGUCAGAUCCGAUCUUCGACGAUCGAUUGCAUGUAUUUAAAGUGGACUCCGGGGACCCUCGUGCUGGUUUACUAAAAACCAAAGGCAGAUCAUGGACGGUUUGAGUUGAGGAGACGGUGAAGUAAACGGGUGGUCUACUGCAUGCAUCAGUAUUCGCUUGCAUUUCUGUGUAGCAUGAUCAAGCUAUCUAAGUCGCUUCUGAGCUGAGCCUAGCUAGAAGUAUCUGAUUACUAGCAAUCUUAGCAAUGCAUACAUCGAACGACCUUUCAUCGGCCCCCAUUAGACUUCGCAGUGCAUAAAUCAC